AUGUGGUCGAGGAAGACGAGCUGCUGCCGGAAGUACGUGGUCCUGUGCGUGUCCUGCGGGGUGGCCUCUGUGAUCCUGGCCGGGCUCUACGUCGCGGUGCACCUGGUGCUCCGGGCGCACACCCAUUCCCUGCACUACUUCGAGACCGUCCCUUCCUACGUCCCCGCUGCCGUGGUGCGUCCCCCUGCGUCCCUUUGCGUCCGGUGA